CAGAUCUCGUCAUCAUCGGAGGGUUGAGAAUUAUAACCAACAUGUUUAAUUCCAUUUAGUAAUUUUACAAAUCUGUAAAAGUGAAUAGUGUGCACAUUUUAUACACAUUAAAACAUGCCCUCAUCAUCUGAGGAGCUCGAGUGAUGUGAUGCAUUUUUUUUAAUGCAUCCCAUCACAUGAAAGAGAAGGAACCGAGGCGUAAAUAGUCUACAUUACACAUCACUGGAGGCUACGAGUGCGAUCAUUUUGGACUACACCACGUUCGCUCAUUACUGUAUCGUCCGGAAUUUUCAUUAUUGAGAUUUCAUUGAUGAAACUCACCGCACAAACGUACUAAAAGAGCAUGGCGCUGGCCUGCUUCCAGUCACCGCCGGUCCCCUGUGCCAGCGUCACCAGUUCGCCAACAGUCACCACCCUUGCCACCCGUCCCUUUAUACCUUAGCACCACCCACUUAGCACCACCGUCGCUUAGCACCAUCCACUGAGACCCAGUCCAACCAGCCUGUAGUAUCCAUCCACCAUGCUGUCAGGCAGCUGGCGCCGUUCCCAGGUUGCCUCACCCGUCACUUCCUCAGCAUCCAUCAGGGGGAGAACUACCAGUGUGGACAGCAUGUCCAGCGGGGAAAGUGUCAGUGUAAGCAGCAGUGCCAGCGUGCCCACCGUGUGUGGCGUACCCAGUGGCACGGUGGUGUUAGAGGCCCAGUAUGACUACCAGUACCGCGGAGCAGACGGACGGCAGGUCUGCAUCCGAGAGGGGGAGCGUUUUAUUCUGCUCAGGAAGACGAACUCUGACUGGUGGCAGGUUCGGAGGAUUGGUGCAGCUAGUAAGGCCAAGUCCCUGUAUGUUCCGGCGACCUAUGUAGUAGAAGUGCCCAUUGCCCCCCUGUCGUCUGUACGUCAACAUCAUGUCAACAACAACAUGUCCAAACCCGCCAACAUGAGACUGCAGCCCAGUUCAUCUUUCUCACCCUACUCCAAUAGCCAGUGCACAGUACCCAAAACCUUCUGUCGUUCCAUGGAGGACAUCAACUGUCACAGUGACUUCAGAGGGUUAAACUGCCACAGCCCCACGCCGAGUUUGGGUGGAGGAGGGGGCCGCGUCCCCACCAUGCCCCUCCCUGCCAUCCCAUCCUACACCUCCACCUCCUCAUCUGGACACCUAAUGGUUCCUGAAGGCCCCCAGCCCACCUCAGUGCUGAUCCCACGCAGCAAGAGUUCCUGCAACCUGCCUCAGAACCCUUAUGAGGAGAUUGAAGAUGAGGAGACUGGUCUGGAGGUGAGGCUCAGUGGACAGAGCACGCCUGGCCGGGGUGUCGCCAAGUCUUUCAGCCAGUGGGACAUGGCCAUGGCCGCCCGCGGACACAGCCAUCUGCAGAUGUCUCCCCAGUCCUACAUCUCCCAGCAGUCUCUGAUGGAGUCUCCUCUCUACUCUGCCUUGCAGCAGGUGAAGAGGAGCAGCCAAGCAGAAGCCCCCUGCCCCUUCCCUGGUCAGCAACCCCUUCAGGUGCUGGACCUAUGGGAGCAGUACUUAGACCCCACCACUGGCCGAUGUUUCUACGUUAACACCGUCACCAGGGAGAGGUCCUGGAAACCCCCCCGCAGAGCUCGGCAACGCACCGUCAUUUGGUCUAGCCCAGCGCAUCCACAGACACUUCCACGGCACAAUAACCACUUGUCACUACCCAUCCCGAGCACAGGCAAUGGCAACAUGCACAUGAGCAUGCAGCGAGCAGUGUCAUCAGAAACCAUCAGUACACCAGAUUUCGGGAUGGGAGACAACGAGGUCCAGCGACGUCACUCGGCCUUCCAUCAACACGGUUCAGAAGAGCUCAGCAGCACACGACCCAGGAUACUGCCUGAAAAUGGCCAGUGCAGGGACUAUGACAGUAUCGUGGUGGAUCCUCCUUCUCCGGCCAGCUCUCCAGACAGCAGUGACAGCUCCACACCGGAGCUGGAGAAGGCUGGCCUGCUAAACAAGACCAAAAUAGCUGAGGGAGGCCGAAAGCUGAGGAAAAACUGGAACCCCUCCUGGGUUGUUCUGGUUGGGAAUAGCCUGGUUUUCUUCAAGGAUCCUAAAUCUCAGACGCCCUCCAGUUGGAAACCAGGAAAUAGUCAUCCAGAGAGCAGUGUGGACCUGAGAGGUGCUCAGCUACACUGGGCCAAUGAAAUGUCCAGCAAGAAGAAUGUGUUCAAGCUGAGGACUGUGACGGGGAAUGAGUUCCUACUGCAGUCAGAGACAGACUCUGUGAUCACAGAAUGGUUCAACACUCUUCAGAGUGUCAUCAACAAACUAGACCGUGAGAACCCCAUUGACAAUGUCCUGCUGUACUCUCUGAGGAGGGCAGGGAGCUUAGAGUUGUUAGACCAAAGUGGGGACGAGGAGGAAAGUCGAGGGGGAUUCAAAGCAUCACUUCCCCGGUCCAUUUCCAACCUGGAGAACUCUGAGAGAAAGCGGGUGAGGAGUCGGCUGAAGAGGCUCAUCCUGAAGAGACCUCCACUACAGAUCCUACAGGAGAAAGGACUCAUCAAGGACCAGGUGUUUGGUUGUCAUCUGGAAAUGCUGUGUGAGAGAGAGAAGAGCACCGUGCCUGGUUUUGUGCGGCUCUGCACCCAGGCAGUGGAGAGGAGAGGUCUGGAGACGGACGGUAUCUACAGAGUGAGUGGAAAUCUGUCUGUCAUCCAAAAACUACGCUUCCUUGUCAACCAUGAGCGAGCGGUGACCACUGAUGGACGUUAUAUGUUCCCUGCGGAGAUGGUUCAAGAGAAGCUGAAUCUGGAUGAGACCGAAUGGGAGGAUAUUCAUGUCAUAACUGGGGCCCUAAAGCUGUUCUUCAGGGAGCUUCCUGAACCACUGGUUCCCUAUGGCUUCUUCACAGACAUCAUAGAGACAGUUAAGAUGUCCGACUACAUGGAUAAAGUAGACCGAAUGAAAUGUCUGGUUCUGGGCAUGCCUCCUCCAAACCACGACACCAUGAGGUUCAUGUUCAGACAUCUGAAACGGGUGAUGGAGCAUUCUGACUCAAACCGGAUGUCGACCCAGAACAUCGGCAUAGUGUUUGGCCCCACCCUGAUGCGUCCGGAGCGAGACAAUGCUAACAUGGCCAUCAACAUGGUCUAUCAGAACCAGGCCGUGGAGCUCAUACUCAACGAGUAUGACCGCAUCUUUGGACCCGACAACUCAACAUCCCUCUGACACCCAGUCAGCCCAAAGCACCCAACCAACCAAACCACACAGACCCAAUCUAGGGCACGAUAAACCUCCUAGCCUAGCCUAUCCAAACCCAUGCCAGCCUAAACACCCCCCGGCCAGAGCAGUUCAAUGGUCCGGACCAAACUCAGUGAUCCAAACCAUAUUUGUGGUACCUCUUGAACUUACCUGAAACCCAGGCCAGCGUGAGCCAAACACCAAAACCAACUGAACCAGCACACUGUGAAACUGUACCAGCAUCUCCUAAUGACUUUCCCCCUUAUAUCCUUCUAAUAUCAGCACCAGAACUGUUCAACUUGCCCCACAGAGACAUAUGUAGAAAUUGGUACAGUAGGAAAAGCCAAUAUGGAUGACAUACAUUGGCAUAUUGGCAUAGAACGCACACCGGUGCCAAACGGAAUCAACAGAAACGCAGCUGUUUCCUCCAUGUGCCACUUUCUACCAACUGUCUAGGUUUUAGUCAUUAGGUCUUUCGAAUCGAUCCUUGUCGGACUGGUCCUGGGUCCAACUUGUGCGGUGGACAAGGGUUUAUAAUAGCAACGCCAAGCACUGAUUUACUUAUCUUUUCAUGUACGUACAUUAAAUAGACAGUUGAAACUCCCUGGUGUGAUAUAUAACAUGGUGAAUUACAAUUUCAAUAGAAAACUACUGAUUUAUUUAGUAAAUGUUUGUACAUAUGUGUAAUCAACUUAGAGACUGAAUUGCACCUAACCUUAAAAAAUUUACCCACAAUAAAGCAAGCUUUUAUUGACCACUGUUCUGAAGUAAACAAUGAAACAACAUAUAGCAUACUUGAUUGUACAUUUCCUUCAAUAAAAAUUGUGAAGUGUUAUGUGA